ACAACCUCAUUGGUAUCGUCGUAGAUGAGGUCCACGUUACGUACAAAUGGGGCGAGGCUUCCAAAGGCGGGUCGGCAUUCCGAGAGAGUUUUGCCUAGCUCGGAGAGCUAAGAUCUAUAGCCAAGGAGGGUAAGUUGAAUGCACUGCCCUUUGUUGCUCCUACCUUACAUGUUGUGAAAUAUCUAAUUUGAAUGCUAUAGUAUCGUCAAUAUUCUGUGUAUGGAUAAUAUCUGUUGCAAGGAUUAGUUACUGUAAUGAAACAGAAUUGCGUGAUUACUUGGAUUAAGUGCAUUCAUGUUCAUAGUGCUGUUCAUUAAGUCCUCCCUGCCAUAGUAUAUUAAACAAACACUUGACAACUUGUUGGGUAUGUUAUAAAAUGGGGCAAGUGUUUAUCUUGUCAUAUUUCUACUCUCCCAGGUACACCUGUUUUGGCACUGACUGCCUCCGCUGACAUCAAGUCAAGAAGCAGAGUCAUCAGACUACUCCAUAGAGACAAUGCUGUUCAAAUCAUCGCUAGUCCCAACAAGACAAACAUCCGUCUUGGCUUGUGCAAGGUGCCCACUCAUCACAUGAACUGCCUAGACUGGAUAGUGCAACAUGCAAAAGACAAGGGCUCAACAAUGCUACCGAUAUUAAUUUACUGCCAAAGCCUUAAAUCAGUGGGGAGAGUUUUCUCAUAUUUAAAGGCGGAAUUGCAAGGACAUGCCUGGGUGGGCUGUGAUCCGGACUGUAGAAGUGAGAACCUCCUGAUUGGCAUGUUCCACAGCAAAACCCUCCCCCGAAACAAGCAGAGAGUGUUGGCUUCUCUGAGGGGGGAAGGGAAUUGCUGGAUAGUUGUUUCAACAACAGCUUUGGGGAUGGGGUUGAAUUUUGCUAAUGUUUCACACGUGGUAAUGUACGGGGCUCCAGGUGACCUAGAGGCGAUUUUACAACAGGCGGGCAGGGCUGGAAGGCAUGGUCAGCCAUCACAUGCCAUCCUCUACAACACCGGGCAGUACUUCAAGGUGGAUGAAGAGGUAAAGAAACUGCUUGCUGUUGGAAAAAACACAUGUUUCAGGAAAUCUCUCUAUGCACAUUUUGAAGCAGAACCCAGCCAUGUAGAGCCACACCAUCUCUGUUGUACAUACUGUCAGACUGUUUUCUCUUGUUCAUCUGGCACAUGUACAGAACCCAUGCCCAAUUAUGAACAGAUUGAAGCUGAACCAACUCAUCAGAGAUCUAGGCAUGUGGAUGCAAAUGACAAGUCUUUAAUUGCAGAUUUGCUGAAUGACUACAGAGAUAGUUUAAUCAAUUCAUCCAAUCCACUGUACACCUCACAUGCAGCCUGCACUGGAUUCAGUCAGCAACUGGUGGAUGCAGUAUUGACCCACUGUCAAUACAUAUUUGACCUGGCAUACAUUAGUACUAACCUUCCUGUGUUUAGAUUGGACCAUGCAAAGGAGAUUUUAAUUAUCAUCAGUGAUGUUUUUGGGGAUAUUGAUGGGGAUCUGCAAUAUGAUUCAGAGAGGUAUUUAACUGACCCAGAUCUCUAUUUCAGUAACUACCGAACAUGA